AUGGUAAGUCGUUCAACGCUGGUUUAUGCUAAUUUCCGGAUAUUCGAUACUCUUGAGCUACUUUGAAAUGUAACUGCAAUGCUGUAUGAGUUGCAGGGCAGUCCAAUGUUUUUGUAUAUAGGAAACGAUGACAUUUUGUGUCAUCGGUCUUGGCUCCCUCUUAGUUUUUGUUUUUGAAUAAUUAGCAAAAUACUUGAAUAUUUUUUUUUUCAAAUUUUGCAUAACCUUGUCUGGCCUGUCUGCUUAUUUAAAUGCGUUAAUAUGCUUACCUUUACCGAUUACAGUCGGAUCGUAAAACCAAAAAGAAGUCAAAGAAGUCCAGAACCGGAUCUGAGGCGGCUCAGUUCGACCAGAAGACCAUCCAGGAAUUCAAAGAGGCCUUCGGAAUCAUGGACCAGAACAAGGACGGUGUCAUCGACAAGUCGGACUUGAAGGAUCUGUACGCUCAGAUGGGAUCCGUCGCCAGCGACUCUCAGAUCGACGCCAUGCUCAAGGAGGCCCCUGGACCAAUCAACUUCACCGUCUUCUUGACGUUGUUCGGUGAACGAUUGACUGGUAAGUUUCGGUUUGCUAUAUUUGUUGAAAGUUCUAAAAACAUCAGUUAGUAAAUUUUUUGAGAUUUGCAAGCAUUAUAAAAUGUUAAAGCAAUUUGUUUACAAUUUUCUCUUCAGGUACUGACCCAGAAGCCACCAUCAUUGGCGCCUUCCAAAUGUUCGACAAGACUGACUCCGGCUUCAUCUCGGAAGAACAGCUCUUGAAGAUCCUGACCAACAAACGAGGAGAGCCCUUCUCACAGGACGAGAUUGACGCCAUGCAAAAAGGAAAGCCCCCAAUUUCGGGCGGCAAAGUCGACUACAAGGCCUUCGCUCACUUGAUCACCACCGGAGCUCAAGAAGAGCUGGCCCAGGCCAACGCAUAA